AUGUUCAAGCGCUUCACCCAGGAGGAGUGCGUGAGCUCGCAGAGCCAGGUGAAGUCGAGCGUCGGGCGCGCCAUCCGGACGGCCAUCUGCGACCAGUACCCGAAGAUCGAGGACGUCAUCGACGAGCUGCUCCCGAAGAAGGAGUCGCUCGUGCUGGCCAAGUGCACGAACCACAUCCAGCUCCUCGUCGUCAAAAACGAGCCCAUCUUCUUCCAGCAGCGCGACGGUCCGUGGUUCCCGACGCUCCGGCUCGUGCACCGGCGCGCGUCCGUCUUCGAGGACCACGUCUGGCGCACGGACGCCGGCGCCAUCCGCUUCGUCCUCGGCGGCUCGAACGUCAUGUGCCCGGGCUUCACGCACGACGACGGCGACAUGCCCGCGGACCUGCCCGUCGACGCGCCCGUCGUCGUCGGCGCGUUCGGCAAGAAGCACGCGAUGGCCAUCGGCCAGGUGAAGAUGACCAAGGGCGACAUCCUCGAGAAGAACAAGGGCAUCUGCGUCGACAACCUCCACUUCCUCAACGACGGCCUCUGGCAGCUCAAGAACGGCCAGCUCGACUAA